CCCGUUGACCUUAGUAUCGGAAUCAAAACGGUCCCGAAAUGCUGGCCAGAAGAUCAACUCUACUACAGUUCUAUUCCUACAGCAGUGAGCUUUGAACUCAUAACUUCUUGCCAGCCAUGUCGACAACAAACGCCAAGCGCAAGCGUGCGAGGAAGGCAUGCAUCCCUUGCCACCAGCGCAAGCGAAAAUGCGACAACGUGUAUCCUUGUGGCAUGUGCACCACAUACCAAUACAACUGCAGGUACACCGACGACAACACCGCUGGUACUAUGGGCGGCGGCGUACCUAUUCCGCCUCCAGCCAAGCGCGUCAGCCUCGACGGUGAAAGUCGUCUGACGGGUCGGGCCGGCGCGUCCCCGGGCAUCUUCGACGAGCAGAAGUUCAGAUACUCCGGGGCAUCAGCGGCCAUGGUAUUUCCGCACAUCCUGGGUGUGGCUCUCGGUUCCGACAGCCCUCCAAAGAUGCGGUCGUUCGCUUACAACUUUGGCAUUCGCCCCGAGGAGGCAUCCAGUGCUCACUGCUUUCUGGGAAAUCUCAUCUCGGAGGAAGACCUCGGCUCCUUCUCGGGUGCGUACUUCUCGGCUUUGAGCCCCAUCUGCGACGUGAUGGACCCCAGAAUCUACGCCCAGCGAUGCCGGGAUUAUUACCAUAGUUCGGGCAGCAACGCGGUCGCCUUUGCCGCGGUGGCCGCUGGUGUCGCUGCUCUCGGAUCGUUCCUAUCGCCCAACAGACACUCGCGGGAAUCUGACCUGGUGCAGUACGCCAAAGCGAUCCUCGAUGAUCCGGCCUCCAUACGUUUACAUGGCAUCGACCACAUCGUCGCAUGGGGCAUGCGGGUGCUCUACCUACGGGCAACGACCCGGCCCAGCAAUGCUUGGAUCGCUUCGUGCACGCAAAUGCACCUCUGUGAAGCGUUAGGGCUGCACGAGGAAGAGAACAUCAAGAAGAUAGCGUCCAUCGCUGGCGCCGCUGUCCUUGGACAUGAUGCGGACCGGCUGAGGAGAAUUUUCUGGAUCUCGUGGGCCGGGCAUAACAUGCUGUCCUAUGAAUACGAUCGUUCGCCUGUAGGAUUUCGGGCCGUGACUUGCCAGCCUAUCAUCUCGAUACCAGGGUCCGUUGCCGAUCAGUUCGUACAACUAAUCCAGAUCAUUCCAUCGCCCAAUUCUCCGUUCCAGCUCGAAUUGCAGCCUCCAACUUCGAGUGAGGAGGAGCUAUUCAAGCGUCUCAAAGCGCUGGAUGAGCUCCAAUUUACCCAUCCGUUUCUGGUCGUGACUAAGGCGGACAUUGCGUUUUGCUUCUAUCGACGCCUUUACCAGCUCAAGAUUCGCAUACCGGACGAUAUAAUUAAGCUCUUCAUUGACAGCGGCAACGCCGCAGUGGAGGCGGCUGAGCAGCAAGCUAGCCAGGGUCGUCUAUUCUGGAACGUCAUCGGCAGCGUCUUCCAGUAUACCUGCAUCCUGUUGGCCAUUGACACGCCGGCGGCCUCCGCCCACAUCGGCGCCGCAUUCAAGGGCUUGGAGAACCUUGUCAAGGCUGCAGAUACAGGACUGACGCGCGAGGCGUUGUCGAUGGCGCGGCACCUACUCGGCCUUAAUAUGGCAAAGAAGCGAAAGGAACUUGCUCAGCUGGAAGCUGUCGAGGCGGGCUAUGAAUUUUUUCAGGCACCGCCGGCAUCCGAGGCGAACAUCGCAGUUCCAGACGUGGAUUGGGAGGUGGACUGGGAUAAAUUCUUCAUCGAGCCAUAUUUACCCAUGCUCGGUCCUGACGUCCAGUUAUAGUG